UAAUCCUGAUUGUCGGAUUCAAAUUAAUCGAAUGCAAAUUGGCACAUUUAAAGUGCGUUUGACACAAUUGAACAAGAAAGAUUCAAUUGAUAGAAUGAUUUUGUUAUAUAAUUGAAAAAAAUGAAGAGGAUUAAGAUUACCCUCAAUAAACCUAAUCCAUUAUUUGAGCUUUGGUUGGAAGAAUGGAAAAAUAAAGCGAUUUCUCAAAAAUCUGAUUUGCAAUGUCAUUUUGCUAAAGCUUUGAAUACUUUAAGGAAAUAUCCUUUACCGUUAGAGUCUGGAAAAGAUUGUAUUAUUUUAAAACAUUUUGGUUUAAAAUUAUGUAAGAUGCUAGAUAGAAGACUCCAAGAACAUAAGGCACAUAAGAAAGAAAUAAAGCGUACGCAUAAUGUUUGCAAGUGCGAUAGUUGUUGUCGUAGCAAAUUCAUUCUUUCAUCAAGAGAGAAACGUCUAGAAAUCUACAAAGAAGAAAUCAACAAACGUGAAAUGAGAAAACCAAAAACACCGUCUAUAAUUUCUUCUUUUUCGUCAUGGAAUUUUACUUGUUAUGCUAUAUUAUUGACGUUACACAAUAAAGGAGACUCGAGUUAUUCAGAUUUAUUGUAUGAAUUUAAACAAUUAUACAAUACAUCACUGAAAUCCUUGGAUCCGGAUAUAUGCGAUGGAAAAUCAUCUAUUUCAAUAUUAAUUGCUAACAGAUUAAUAAAAGUAACACAGUUUCCUAUUAGGUAUCAUUUGACUAAACAAGGAGUACACUUAGCUAUCAAAAUAAAACAAAUUUUAAAUUUGACAAACUAUGAUAAACACUUACUUAAACUUUAUUAUAAAAAAUUGCAAGAUUCUUUAUCGAUGCUAAAUCAUGCGAAUUUUAUGAAUAAUAAUGAUGUUAAAGUAGGAAAUACUUCUAUAUCGAGUAAUGAAAACUAUGUCGUUGAAAAUGAGAAAAAUAAAAAAAAGUCUCCUUUAUUCAAUCAUUCAAAAACAUACGAUCAAGAAAGUGCAGUUAAACCACCAUCAAAUACAGUAGAUAUUGUAUGUAAUCGUGAUGAAGUACGAUUAAAACCGAAUUCUUUUGAUAUAGUUUUAUUAGUAGAUAUUAAGGAGACUUGUGGUGGAAAAACAAAACCUGAACAUGAUGCAACAUUAGCUGAAUUAAAAGAAUUAAGAGUAUUAUUUGAAGUACGUCAUUUAAAAAUUGGUGACUUUACCUGGAUUACUAAAUGCAAAUAUACUAACAAGGAAUUAGUUUUACCAUAUAUAGUGGAAAGGAAACGAUUGGAUGAUUUAAGUGCAAGUAUUAAAGAUGGACGGUUUCAUGAACAAAAGUUUCGUUUAAAACAGUCUGGAAUACAAAAUCUUUUAUAUAUAAUAGAAGAUCACGAUAAGAUUAUACGAACUGGAAUUCCGCUUUCAACUUUAUUGCAAGCAGCUGUUAAUUCAUUAGUACAAGAUGAUCUUAUUGUUAAGUAUACGGAUAGUCAUCAAGAUACAAUGUCAUAUUUAGCAACUUUAACGAGUAUUUUACAUAAAAUUUAUGCUAAGAAGAAUUUAAUAGAACAUAAAAAAGAGAAUCUUGUACCAACGGACGUUUCCAGUGAUACCGUUUUACUAAUGAAUUUUGAAGAAUUCAAUAAAGCUGCAUCUAAAUUGAAAAAUUUUAAUGUACGUCAAAUGUUUGUUCGUCAAUUAUUACAGUUGAAAGGUAUGUCAGUAGACAAAGCAUUAGCAAUUGUCGAAUGUUAUCCUACACCACUCAUGUUAAUUAAUGCUUUGCAUACAUCUGACUAUGGACAAGCGUUAAUAGCUAAUAUACAAUAUGGAUUACAAAAACGACAAAUUGGACCAGCUCUUAGCAAAACUGUUUAUUUAUUUUAUACGCAACAAGAAUUUCGGUAAUUAAAUUGCAGACAAAUAUUUGUUAUUCCUCCAAGAGAGAGAAAAAAGAAUUUCAAUUUUUUAGAAAAAUAUACAAUCAUAAAAUGUUUAUAAAAUGUGCUUAAUUAUUAUAUCGUAUGGAAAUAAUAAUGUAAUACAAUCAACGGACAUAAAAGAAGAUAAUA